GAUCAUCUUCCUUCCUCCAAAUCUCUUUCAUCAUUCAUUGUGUUAUGUGUAAAGGUGGAUCAUGGGAAAUUUAAUUAGCGGUGGAAGCCGCCCGGCAUAUCAUCGGGACCGUACGUCACCGCCGUAUCCAAACCCUAAUACUCAGUACCAAGGCAAUUAUCCGUCGCCGUACCACCAACAAGAUUGUGGUAGGUAUCCUUAUGGGGAGAUGGCGUCUCCGGUGCAAUACGUAGAGCACCAGGAAGCAGUGACUAUAAGGAACGACAUCAAUUUGAAGAAAGAAACCUUGAGAUUUGAGCCUGAUGAACAAAACCCUGGCAAGUUUUUGCUCUCCUUCACUUUUAACGCCUCUGUUCCUGGAAGCAUCACUGUGAUGUUCUUUGCUAAAGAAGGCAAAGAGUGUAACUUUAAUGCGACGAAGGAGGAUCUGUUUCCAUCCACGACAGUUAGUUUUGCAAAAGGUAUGGAACAGAGAUUCAAGCAGGCUUGUGGAACAGGGAUUGAUUUCUCAGCUUUGUCAGAGGCAGAUUUGGUUGAGGCAAGCGAGACAGAUGUGUAUCAUGUGGCAGUGAAAGCAGAGGUAGUAUCAGAAGAUGAUCAUCCUGAGUCUGAGACACUAAACAGACAGAUAACUCAUGUGGCUUUAGAGAAAGGUCAUAAGGAUGAGUACAAGGCGAGAGUGGUCAAGCAGAUCCUGUGGGUGAAUGGGAAAAGGUAUGUUCUUCAAGAGAUUUAUGGGAUUGGUAGUACAGUUGAUGAUAAUGGAGAAGAUGCGAACGAGAGAGGAAAAGAAUGUGUCAUCUGCUUAUCGGAGCCACGAGACACCACUGUUCUCCCUUGCAGGCACAUGUGUAUGUGUAGUGGUUGUGCAAAGCUUUUGAGGUUUCAGACAAACCUCUGUCCCAUCUGUAGACAACCGGUGGAUAGGCUUUUGGAGAUAACAGUCAACACCGAUGACAGGAACCAAUGAGCUUUGCUACGUUGCUCUUCUCCUGUUUGUAUAGAGAGUGCUUCCCAAUGUUCUUGUUUGUGGUAUAUAUGCAGGCAUAAUAACUCAAGUUACUAACUACAUUUGCCAAAUGACACUUUCAUUCCGGUUUAUACUUCCAAGUUUUUUUGUAAAUCAUCUAGACGGUCUUGGUUACUUAUGAAAUGAAAAACUUUUGAAGCA